UUUCGUUAUUGAUGAUUGAAGAACGAUGAUUAUAAAGAGCCCGAAUUGGAAUUAACAAGGAGAUCGUUUUAUCGUUUUAAUUCAUUAUUCAAUAUAUAGCUCUAUGUUCUUUAUUAUUUUUUAUUUCUAUUCUAUUCAUCUGCUAUAUGAUAUAGCAGAUGAUGUUUGCGUCAGCAAAUCUUUAAAUAUAUGCAUAUAGUUUAUCGUUUUGUUGUAGUCAGCUAUAUUUCGAUGUGGUAUCUGUAUUCCACACAAAAAUUGCGAUAAAAUAUAGAAUAAAGCAAUAAGCAACCAACACUACAACAUCUAUUGAGGAAAAUGCUAUGGCUAUCAACAAACAAUUAUUUGAUCAAUAUUUAGACGAAUUCAAUGAUGUGUUGCUUGAUACGUUGAUGGUUGUUAAUAGUACAUCUGUACUUGAGCUAGAUUUGAAAGUCCUUGUCAAUUUUACCAAGACAAACCCCUCAUACAGCUAUACAAGAAUUGAACUAACAAAUAUAGCACACAGUCUUUCUAUUGGGGUAGAGUUUACUGUAUCGUUUCAUGAGUUGUACAAUGUACCUAUAUUUUAUUUCCGAUUGAUUGAGAACGGUCAAUUGAUAAUGUAUGAUGAUCAAUUGGUACAUAGAAUAUCUCGAUUGUUAAAAUUCGACAUUUCAGUACAACCGUUUCAGAUUGAACUACAUCAUAUUCUUCAACAGCCAUGGUUAUGUUCUCAUAUUUGCCAAAGUGAACAGUUUAUGGACCAGUUUAUCAAGUCAAUUCCUGAUAGUAGUAAAACCAAAUAUAGUGAUAUCAGCACAAUUUUAUAUUUGAAGAGUUGGUUUGCGGUUUAUGGAUUGAGUGGCUUAUAUCCUAGAUUAAGCUUAAGAGAUUAAUAAAGCAAAUAAUGAUAUUGUAACAUAUAGUUGUAUUUUUUAUAUAUUUAGAUGUAUUUUAAAUGAGGUUCUAAUAAUAAUAUACUAAAUUACAAAACGUUAGAAUGUAAUAUAAGAAGAGA